GCGCCGCCACCCGCUCCCACAUUCUCCAGAGAUCUCUAGAGAUCCCCAGAUCGGCGGCGGCGCCGCGUUGCCAAGGCGCGCCUUGCCGUGCGUAAAGCAGGGCGCAGCUGCUCCAGCCCAGCGCGCUCCGUGUGUAACCAAGUGAACGGUUUCUCUUUCUAGAGGAGGGAAGCAAGGAAAGAAGGGAAGGAAAGGAAAGGAAAACGGGCAGCUGACGGGCCUGAAACCUCUCUGAGAAGCCCACGCCACUUUUCGAGAUGUCUAACACUCAGGGGUUACAAGAGGAGAUGACUAGCGUGCAGAAAGCCCUUCCUGAGGCAAAGGAAUGUUCUAGAAGCAAGUGCCCACUUUGCGCUCAGCUCUUCUCUGCCCCUAAAAUACUGCCUUGUUUACACACCUUCUGCACAGCUUGCCUGGAGCUAUUGGAGCCCUUUUCAGAUCUGGGCUUGCCAGGUGAAGACUCAGACUCUAGUUCAGAAGGCCCUUGUCUCCAGAGCUUCCGGCAGCCGCAGCCACCAUCGCCGCUGCUCAGCAUCCUCUGUCCUGUCUGUGAUGCUGAGGUGGAUUUGCCACCAGGAGGGAUCAAAGACCUGACCACCGAUCACAUGGCUCGGAAAGAGGUGCUGUUGGAGACCUUGCAGGGCGAAGGCCUUGGCUUAGCAUGUGACCUCUGCAUGGAUGGAGAAGCUGUGAAGCACUGCCAGGCCUGCCGGGUCUGCCUUUGCCAGUUUUGCUGCCAAGCUCACAAGAGGCAGAAGAAAACCGCUUCCCACCCUGUUGUGGAGCUGCAGGACUUGAAGGGCUACACCCACAUUGAGAAGCCCAUCCAGUGCCUUUUGCACCCUUCAGAGGAGCUGACGCUCUUCUGUGAGCAGUGCGACAUGUCUGUGUGCCAGGAGUGUGUGGUGGGUAAACACCGGCUGCAUCCCUACAAUUUCACCAGCAACGUUAUCCAUAAGCACGGAGACGCCAUUCGGGAGCUCUUGAAGAUCACUCAGCUGAACAUGAGAACUCUGGAAGGCGCGCUCAGCCGUAUUGAAGAGGUGGGCAGCGCCCUUAGCAGCCACGUAGAAGGCGUGGCUCGAGAGAUCUGCGCUUUUGCAGAUGGGUACGUGAAAGCCGUCGAAGAGCACCGAGACCGGCUGCUCAAGUCUCUGAAUGAGCUGAAGGUGCAAAAGGAGAGCCUGCUGCAUUUGCAGAAAGCCCAGCUGCUCCAGCUGUUCCUGGAUAUGCAGACAGGAGUGGAGUUUACCGAGCACCUGCUCACCAACGGCUCAGACGUUGAGAUCCUCCUUACCAAAGGGGUGGUGGAGAACCGGCUGAGCAAGCUAACCAACAUGGACUGCAAUACCCACCCUGUUGCAGACGACAGAAUCCACUUCUCUCCUCAAAAGAAGGCCGGCGUAUACCAUGGCUAUGAAAUCUUUGGGGCCGUUCUCAACAAAGCAGCUCAUCCAGCCAAGUGUGUCCUUCAAGGAGCAGAUCUCGGCAGCACUCAUCAGAACAAGCCUGCCGGCUUCACUCUGGUCUGCAAGGACGCUUCCGAUGAGCCGAUGGACAGAGGAGGGGAGCCCGUCCAGGUGUCCAUUUUCCAUAAAGACAGGAAGGAUUGCGUCAUCAAGGCCAGCGUAAGUGACAACCAAGAUGGGACAUACCAUAUUUCUUACAUCCCUGAGGAACCGGGCAAGUACAAGGUCUGCGUCUUUGUCAGAGGUCAACAUGUACAGGGCUCCCCCUUCACCAUGAUUGUAAAGAAGAAGUUCCGCCCACACCGAGGCGUCUUCCACUGCUGCACGUUCUGCUCUAGUGGGGGGCAGAAGGCUGCUCAGUGCGCUUGUGCAGGAGUCAUGCCUGGUGGCUAUCAGGGCUGUGGUCACGGACACAAGGGCCACCCUGGUGCUCCUCACUGGUCCUGCUGUGGCAGCGUAGCUGAAGCCUCCGAGUGCUCCAUUGUGCCGUCUGGUGAGACCUUGGGAAGGAGCCCACUUAGGACUGUGGUGCUCUAAAAGGGGCUUCUGGCAAGGCGUCAAGGCUUCAGCCCGCAAGGAGUUACUCAGCAGCACUAGCUGCCAGAGAAUUUCCUGGAUUGAGAAGAUGAGACAUGUCAAAAUAAAAAAAGUGCCUUCUAUCCCACCUUUGCACUGUUUGUGAGAAUUUGUGUGUGUGUGUGUGUGUGUGUGUGUGUGUGUGUGUGUGUGAUUGGGGCAAGCUCUGGGAAUUGUAUUACUGAAAAAAGUAGCUCAGUUGCUGGAACUAUGCCAGGAAGUGCAAUAUCCAGUAAAAGGUUUGUAUGUUUUCAAAAGCAUCAUUACACCCAAGGUCAAAUUUGAUGCGUGCCGAACCCUUUCGGAAACAGGAACAUAAGUUCUCCUGGGGAGAUCUUUGACCUCCCUCAGCCCACAUAAACAUGCAUAAGGCCCAAUCUGGCAGGAAAAUUUCUUUCUCCAGGGCAGGGCAGGCAAAGGCUUAGGCCAAAAUUGAUGAGGUUAUGGUACAUUAAUGCAGUUCUGUACACUUUUAAAACUCUGCAAAUAUCAGCUAUGAGGAUGAUAAACACAGGCUGUGGUGCAAAGGGGCAUCUUUCUCCCAUGCCAUUUCCUGGGAUGAAUACCAAGGGUUUCCCUCCUUCCUUGUCUGCAUCUUAGCCUACACUAUACAACGUCAUAUUUUCUGCACUGUGCUUUAACAGGUUGGAAACCCUGCUCCAAAUUAGUGCCUCCCCAACUGCCCAUCCUUGUUUUAUUUCGAGGCCAUCCAGAGUUCUCCCUUGUGAGAGGGAGUCCCAGCUGAGAAGCCCCCCCCCCUUUGCUCUAUAAUUGAAUGCAUCUGACUCCAAAUGGUGUGCUUAUUGGUAAGCUUUUCAGACUAGGUAUUUCCCUACACUCACAAAAUGUUCUGGGUAUGAAGGAAGUUGCCUCCAUGAGAUCUAGGUUGCUCACGGAAGAGAGUUUGGGGAACAAAGAAUGGUUGACCAUGGUGUGGGAAGGGGAACCCAAGGCAACCAGAGAUUUUAACCACAGGGUGAAAACAUGAUUUAGGUUUUCCCUCAACCCCACUUCAGCUAAAAUUCAGGACGCAACCCUUAAGAUAAUUUUUCAGUGGCAGUCAAACUUACAUCAUAGAACAACAUUGAAAUUGUGCUUCCCGUCCAAAGAGGAAUGGCAAACCAAGCUGAUGGACUAUGCUGAAAUGGCAAAACUAACUGGAAAACUCAGGAACCAAGAAGACAAAAAAAAUAAGAAAGAAUGGGAAUUUUUUAAUAAUUUAUUUAGGAGGCCACUGUAAGCAGACAAAAACAGUAGGAUUUUAAUAACACUUGUAACAAGUACUAUGCAGAAUAUGGACAGAUUUAAAAUUUGGAUAAUGAAAUAAUAUACCGUUGAAAACAUUGAGAAUCAGACCCAAGGAGGGGAUGGAGGGAAGUCUAGAAAUUCAGAGAAAUCUCUAAAUGUUGAUAUUUAUUUGGUAUUGUUAUAGCUCUCUACACUUGCAGAAUCAAAUAAAGAUUAUUUUCAAAUAAAUAAAAUUGUGCUGCAUGGUGGAUCAGACAUGAUAAACUGCUGUUCUUGAGCGCCCAAGGCAGCAUAGCAGGAAAGCUUGGCAAAACUGAACCAGUUUGAAAAAGUUUAUACCUGCUUUUCCAGCUCAUGUCACUCCAGUCCUCUGGUUUCCCACAUUAAUCUCUGGUGGGAUCUGCUGCAUCAGCAUAAGUAUCAGGAAUGAGAAGCAACUGCUGUCCUUUCCAGCUGUGCCCCAGAUUGCAGCCAGAUUUGCUUUGCUCCAUAGAAUUCAAUGGAGUCCACUGAGAUCCAAGCCAGCCCUUCUUCCCAUAGCCUUUCCCUUAUUUUCCUGUACAGGUCAUGUUCCUGUAGUUUGUAAUCCAUGAGAUUUGGGUGGAUUACUAAUUCAUUUCCAUUGUAUUUCCAGAAUGUAUUAAUUUGGAAAGAAAACACUCGUUUCCCAUCAAAGCCCUGAAGUGACCCCAUGUCAAAAAUAAAGACAUUUGCACACACUGUAUUAAUGCUGCAAGGGACUUUUUGAUGUGUUCUUAUGACCAACAGGUGGUUGAAGGAGCGAGCCGCAUUCCAGUGAGUGAGCCUGUCCCUGGCUAUAAUACUGGUGUUAGUCCUCUCACUGGUCAGAGCGGAAGCAGCUAAUGGGCAGAAGGAUUAGGAGAGGGA